UAUGUUGAUACUUUGGGAAUUAUAAUUUUGUUACAAAAAUGUUAUGUAGUCUAGUUUUAAUUAUUUGAACUUUUUUUUUUGACAAUUUAUGUGGCUUGGGCACUGAACCUCUAACCUGAAAGUUGAUAGCACAUACUUGAUGUCAUUUGAGUUAUGACCAUUUUGGCAAUUAUUUAAACCAAUUCUUGGACGCUAGUUGGACCAUUGCCUUUUCACACCUAUUACUUUAAUUCCAUGUUACUCUGUUUGAAUGUUAUGAAAACAACUAUAUGCAAAUGCAUACAAACAAGAAUCAUAACUAAUAAAGGCCUGAUCAUAUACUUACAGGUACAAUACAAUACUUAGGUACAAAAUAAUUGAAUAUAAUAUAAGAUAGUUUAUAGGUAAGACUCCUUCGUAAGAUUUUAGUCUAUUGUACAAUCUCAAAUGUAUGUACAAGAAGAAAAUCCUUUUAAGGAUUUCUACUGUAGUAUGAUCAUGAUGAAAUCAACACCCAGACAAAAAAAGAAAAAAAAAAAAAAACUUUCCCUUGAGAAGGAGAGUUCCAAAACACAUUGUCUAAGCAUAUUAUGACAAAGAAAGGUCACUUGAGACAAUAAUAAAAGCUCUCUACUUUCUCCCUCCUACUGUUGGCCGACACAUAAUAAAGAGCAGCACAAAGGCCUCUGCUGGAUCUUGCUUUUGGACCAUCUGCAAGAAUUAAAGCAAGAAAUCAAGUAGUCUUUGCUCAUCUCCUUCACAACUCUCUAUAAUGGAUUCUGCUCACUGGCCUCAGGUUGAAGUUAAGAACAUGGAAUUAGAAGAAGAGGGUCUGAAGGCAGUUGUGGAAAGAAAAGCAAAAGCUAGGAAAGAUCAAAUAUUGAACUGUCCAAGAUGCAAUUCCAACAACACAAAGUUCUGUUACUACAACAAUUACAGUCUCUCACAGCCAAGAUACUUCUGUAAGUCUUGUAGAAGAUAUUGGACAGCUGGUGGGUCUUUAAGGAACAUUCCAGUUGGUGGGGCAUCUAGGAAGAACAAGAGACCUUCAGCUAAUUUUUCAUUACCUCCUUCAAAGAACAAUCAAAAGAAUUAUAAUAAUGAUGGUGGUGACGAUGAUGAUCAGGGCAUUUCCCAAUUAAAUAUCAAUAUUACUUCUUGUUCUUCAACUGCCACCACUACUAACACUGCUACUUCUUGUUGUUGGCUGUCAUCUGAUAAUGAUCAUAUGAAUAAUCAAAUAAUGCUGAGAAGUAAUGGCAUAAUGUCUCAAAGGGAGCUCAUUCCUUUUAUUCCUAUGCCUGCACCAGCUCCUCCACAGCCUACUGCUGUUGCUGCUUUGGAGGAUUUCAAGCAACUUUCAACCAUCAUUUCUACUGAUCAAAAUGGAGCUAAAUUGGGGGAUGCUCCUGCAUUUUGGAGUGGCAUUUUUGGUGGAGGUUCAUGGUGAAACUUCUCCGCACUAAUAAGCUACAGGUGAAUUUAUAAUAUAUGUUUGUAAAUUUGGGGUGAUUUUAUAUUCUCAUUGCAUUUUUAUUACACAAACACACAUAAAUACCAUCUGUUUAAUUACUUUUCAUUUCUUGGCUUAAGAAUUGGGAGGGUAGAAGUAUAUAACCUGGUGAGUUUUAGAAUCUAAAUAGGGGUCAUUUUGAAGAUGUUAAUGAUCAUAAUGUGUGUGUUUUAAUUAGUUUUCCCUCCCUUUUUUAGUACAGAAAUGAAAACCAAAACAAACAAAAAGAUAAAUUAAGGGGUUUGAGUAUCGCUACCAUCUAUGGACAGCCGAGGUUACACAUGAUGGGUGAUAAUUCCCUUCCCAAGAGUCUUUAAUUGUCCCUUUUGAAUUAUGUGUUGCAUUUGUGUUUAGGGAUCAAACGUAUUUGUGCUUUGUGUAUAUACAUUAUUUUUACUAAUUAGCUUCAAGAGAUUGUUGUAUGAAAAUGGUCAAGGUUUGAAAAGAGAGAAAAAAGAAGAAAGAAAUUAGAAAACAGAAGUCUUGUCCUUGUAAUUAAUAAUAAUCUACUUCUGAUGUCCACCUAUGGUAUAAUAUUAUGUGUGUCAAACAUUUUAUUUGGAGUCAUUUGUAGAAAAUGUGUAUUACUGUUGUACUUAAUGAAUCUUUGCAAUUAAUUUUGAAAUUCCAUUUUUAGGAUCAA